AUGGACUACGAGAGGCUGUAUAAGGAGGCUGCCGCUGCGCGAGGGGCCGCGUAUUGUCCUUACUCGCGGUUCGCUGUUGGAUGUGCGGUUCUCUUGGACCAGGGGGGAGCUGGUGGUGGUGUGUACGUUCGCGGCAGCAACGUCGAGAACGCAAGCUACGGCGGGUGCAUUUGUGCGGAGCGUGUUGCGCUCGUGAAGUGUGUUACCGAGUGGGCGGGCACACCCUGGGCAUGCAUGGGCAUCGUCGGUGGGCUACAGGAGGAAGGUCAGGGGGACCCUGGCAGCAAGUUAAUAUCGCCCUGUGGGAUCUGCAGGCAGUUCAUACGCGAGUUUGCCAUCCCGGAGUUCCCCAUUGUGAUGUUUACGGUCGAUGGGUCGCAGCACAAGACGAUGACUCUCGCGGAGUUACUUCCGGAAAGUUUCGGUCCAGACCACCUCCAACAGGGGUCCGUCAAGAACUAG